AUGGCUUCUUUGAGACAAGUCAGCUUUCUGGAGUGUAUAUUUAUGUUGACUGCUUGCCCGUUUGUCAGCUGUAAACCAAACAUCGUGUUUAUUGUCGCAGAUGACUUGGGUUGGAAUGACGUGGGCUUCAACAACCCAGACAUUAUAUCCCCUAACAUUGAUGGCUUAGCCAAGUCUGGAAUUAUUCUCAACCAGACAUAUGUGCAGCCUCUGUGUUCUCCGUCUCGUUCCGCCUUGAUGACUGGCAUGUACCCUUUUCGUUUGGGCCUGCAGCAUGUAGUGAUCCUUGCGUACCAGAACGUAUGUAUGCCUCUCAACCUGACAACCUUGCCUGAAGUACUGAAGAAGGAGGGCUAUGCCACUCAUAUAGUCGGCAAGUGGCAUCUGGGCAUGUGCAGAUGGGAGUGCACGCCCACUUACAGAGGCUUCGACAGUUUCUAUGGUUACUACAAUGCAGAAGAAGACUACUAUACCAAAGAUGUUGGAGGCGGUUAUGAUUUUCGUGACAACAAAAGAGUCGCAACAGAAGCGAAUGGCACCUAUUCUACCGAUCUCUACGUGGAGAGGUUCAAGACAAUAAUAGCAAACCACAAACAGGAUACGCCUCUGUUUUUGUAUUUGCCUUUCCAGAAUGUCCAUGCACCCCUGGAGGUGCCAGACAAGUACUACAAUAUGUAUCCAAAUAUCAGAGACCAUGAUAGGCGUACGUUUUCGGGAAUGGUAACAGCUUUGGAUGACGCAGUUGGAGAGGUAGUGUCAGCUUUACAGCAGAAGGGACUCUAUGACAAUACAUUGAUUGUAUUUACAGCCGACAAUGGUGGAUGGGUGACAUUCGGGGGCAAUAACUAUCCUCUCCGAGGUGGAAAAGUGACAGUUUUUGAAGGUGGGACUAGGGCUGUGGCAUUUGUUCAUGGACCAAUGUUUCAAAAAACGGGAGUAAGAUACGACGGGCUGUCUCACAUCGUGGACUGGUUCCCGACGCUAGUCGAAGCUGCUGGGUCCAGUUAUAAAGAUCCGACGCAAGAUGGAGUCAGCCAAUGGAAAUCACUCCUAUCGUUGUCCCUGCCUUCCGGUCGAGAUGAAGUUGUUUACAACUUAGACUACAGUGAAUUUCCUGAACAAGGAAAGGCGGCUAUUCGAGUUGGAGACUACAAAUUGAUAGCGGGGUACCCUGGUUUGUAUCCAGACUGGUACAAGCCGGCCCAAGCACACAUGUCUUCAGUUACAAGAGUGGACAAUGCUGUCAGUAACAAGGGCACAAGAGUCGCCAGGACACCAGGUGAACAAGUGACUUCAGCAGCGCCAAAAAAUUUCUAUUUAUUUAACUUGAAAGACGAUCCGACAGAACACAACAACAUCUACGACUCUCAUCCAGACAUAGUCAGCAAUCUCACAGCAAGGCUGCAAGCUCACAUGAGUAGAUACGUGCCUCCCAACUACCCACCGCCCGACCCCGCCUCUGACCCAGCCAAGUGGGGUGGAGCCUGGUCUCCUGGCUGGUGCUAG